AAUUUGAGUAUUGUUGUUUGCAUCACCAACAGCGUUUUACCCGACAGUCCUAGUUGUGAGCUUGCACACUUCGUUUCGGAAUUUUGUGGUGUAGUCGCAUCGAAAGGCUGACAUGGACGCCUUGGGGCCGGCCCUGACCUGGAUCAGCAGCGUUUUCAGCCAAGUAGCGCCGGCCAGCCAAGCUGUGGCUCCGGUGAUACCCAUACCUGUUGCUACUCCAGCUCCCUCACCCGUAACCCUUGGUCUUAAAGUUCUGUUGGAACCCACUGCGGGCGGUGUCAUUUUCCGCGCUGCAAGCAACACCGUCGCAACAAUCUACCCUGUAUAUGCAAGCGCAAAAGCAAUUGAGUCCAAGGACACUGCAGACGAUGUGCAGUGGUUGACGUACUGGACUCUUUACGGAAGCCUCAUCCUCGCCGAGCAUCUUGCAGAUCAGGCCCUUGGCCGGGUGCCCUACUACUACCAUGCCAAGUUUGCAGCGCUGCUUUGGUUACAGUUGCCCCAAACCCAGGGCGCCGCCUACCUGUACAAGCGCUUUUACAAGCCCGCCCUCGUCAAGUACGGCCCACGCAUCGACUUCUUCCUGGACAAAUGCAAAUCCGUAUUGAUGGCACUGUACUCGACCUACAAAGUGCCCAUCGAUGCCUCUGUGGCGUUGCUGCUGGCGCUGCAGCAACAAGCCGCUACCACUCUGUCAUGGCUCCUGUCAGACGACUCGGCGGCCAAAAAGGGCGGCACGGACGGCUCCAAGGACAGAGUCAAGGCGCACGCGGCCUGAUCAGCGCGCCGUGUUCUUGUCUGCCCCGUUCUGAUCAUUCCCUUCCUCCGCUCUUUCUCGUUGCUGAUAUCCUGCUUUGCUCUGUUCCAUUUCGCUCUAUUCCGUCCUAAUACUUGGUCCGCUACCUAGGAGAGGUGUGUGUGCAUAGUGAGGGCAGCCUGUCAAGGGUUUGCUAGCUGCCAGACAGGUCAGGCCAGGUAGCAGAACCCCCUCAGAUCAGACGAGAGGUUAUGAAAGCGUUACAGCCAUGAAGCAUGGCUUUGGUUUGGGGCAGUCCACACAACAACCACUUUUACCGAAGUGCUUAGCCGGCCAGGCAGUGAUCCUCGGCGGUGCAUGGCCUGCCCUUUUUGAGCUGUGUUGGGGACCAACAGAACGUUCCAAUGCUUUCUUGAAGCUUAUUGAAAGAGCGCAGCCCAACUGUAAUCAAUGCACGCCAUGUAUUUUGGACAGCAUUGCGUGCGAAUCAUGGUGGCUGGGUCCUGGUGUCAAGUGUAGAGGCACCUUAUGCCAUUAGGCGCUGCCGCCGUCACUCCUUGCGCAGUUAAACCAGCAGCUAGACCAGCAGGUGAAACAGCAGCGUCUUGUUGUGGGCGGUAGACAGGCUGUGACGGGAUGGAAGUAUAGGACAUGAGUCCAGAACUUGCCCCGGGGAGCAGCGACUGAGCAGUAUAGGGCCCGGUUGUUUGGAGUAUGCGCCCCGUGGACCUCGGGAGCAGGCGACGCCUGGCAGCAACUUCCGGCACCUUCCAUAUUCCAUGUCAGCCCGGGACUGGCUGACAAACGGGGAACGAUACAUAUACGUAUCCCCCAAAGCCUUAGGCCACAGAACACGGUCAUUGAGCAUCGGUUUAUGUUUUAAGACGGAAAGUACGAGCCAGGCGUGUUGAUACAGGCGUUAGCAGGGACACGACCAUCCCUGUACGGCAUAAUACAAAAGGGACGCAUCGUGCUCGCCUGGCGUGUUUGCGUUGGCGAGGUGCAGUACAGAGUCGGUAACGACGGAUCACGGUACGAUUGGGGAGCUGAUAGGGGAGGACUGCGAACUAGCGAAGUCUGUGAUGAAUCAAGGUCAGUUGCCCAGUAGGCAGGCAGGUCCAAGGAGCAAGGUCGCACGGUAAAGACGGCGGUUCUCAUGGCGAAAAAGUAAAUGUUGAUGGAUGAAGGAAUGAACGUUUGCACAAGGUGUGUACGUGAAACGUACAGUAUGGUGUGUUGCCCGUCCAAGGUGUCCUCGAGAAAGGAAAUUCGCAGACAGCAAACUCAUGGAAAAUACAGAUUUGUUUUGCUGUGACACAUUAUUAAGAAAAUUU